CAGUUGCUUUAUUUGGCAAACAGUGAGAUAUUAAGACCAGUUUAAGAUUAAACCAAAUAGCUUUUUUUUCUUACGCUAGACGGAUACUCAGUUGGUGUAUAAGCUUAACAAAAUGGAGUGCCAGGUAAAUCAGACUCGGGUGACAAACGUUUCUUGCCAUGUCAAGGCAAUUAAUUGGAAUAUGGCGGUGGUAAAAAUGGAUUGCUUCAUGAUUAUGCCCUUGAUAAACCCAAUCAUUCGAAUCCAAGUUUUUAUGAAGGACUACAGUAAUCAGUACAAGCCAUUUUUGGUUGACGUCUCUAUCAAAAUGUGCGAGGUGAUAGAGAGAAGGAACUUUAUACCUUAUGGCGUCAUUAUCUGGAAGCUGUUCAAGCGUUUCACAAAUGUCAACCACUCUUGCCCUUUUUCGGGUCAGCUAACCGCCCGUGACGGGUAUCUGGAAUCCAGUCUUCUUCCGCCGUUUCCCCAAGGAUUCUAUUUAAUAAGCUUAAUUGUCACGGAUACCAAUUCAACGACAAGGGACUAUGUGGGCACUAUGAAGUUCUUUCUUCAAGCUAUGGAUCAGAUAAAGACCAAAAAACUACCCAGAACCUAAUUCCCAAGUCACACGGAUCUUUGGUUUUGUUAAAUUUGUUUCCCGCUUUAAAACUAAUGUUUGCACGAAAAAACUGGAGUCUUGCGGCUUGGAACGUUCAUUUCAGAUGGUGGACUGGAAAACUGUUAAGUUUUUAAAACGCCAAAAAUUUAUGGAGGAUGUAUAUUUGGGGAGUACUAAA